AUGUUGCAGCCUGCGAAACGUUACGAGUCCGUGGGCCAAUGGAUUGGAAAUAUGGCAUGUUUACUUCAUGCACCUAUCUCGGUAUGGUGGAAUACAGUUGAACUGAUAAAGUGGGAAUGUUCAAAGUCCAAGCUAAUGCAUCCCUAUUACCAGACUAUCAACCCGGCUGGUCCAGUGACGUUAUAUUUUGGUACCUCAAUCGCAGGCUCAACAAAGACAUCAAUUCCUGCCUCACCUCUACCUGAGGAGAACCGGAUGAAGACGGAUCUGGAGCCGUCACAAAGAGACCAGACUUUAACAGGGUGUGAAGAUACGUGUGCCUCUGUGGACCACUGGAUGAGGUCGGAUCCACACAGUCUCCUGGAUACCUGUGGAAAUAACCGCAAGUUGAUGAGAUGCAUCACUUCCGUGGGCCAAUGGAUUGGAAAUAUGGCAUGUUUACUUCAUGCACCUAUCUCGGUAUGGUGGAAUACAGUUGAACUGAUAAAGUGGGAAUGUUCAAAGUCCAAGCUAAUGCAUCCCUAUUACCAGACUAUCAACCCGGCUGGUCCAGUGACGUUAUAUUUUGGUACCUCAAUCGCAGGCUCAACAAAGACAUCAAUUCCUGCCUCACCUCUACCUGAGGAGAACCGGAUGAAGACGGAUCUGGAGGUAUAG